AUGGCAACAUCAUCCGGCACAAACGAGAAUCAACAUCAAACAAUUGCUUCAUAUGAUCGAUCUUCAAAUCAUGUCAAAUUUUAUGAUGAUAAUCAAAAUUCUUCAUCAAGAAGAAAUAGUAUAAUUCAAGAUGAUUUAUCAUCAACAUCAAGACAAGGUUCAUUGUCAUCUACGGAAAAAAGUGGACGUUUUGUAGUUGUUAAAUCAAGCGAAGUACAAGAUGUCAAUGACAGUGACUCUAUUAAUAACACGAAUCCAUUAGUAGAACAUGAAAGAAUACCAUUACAAACUAGUCAAGAAUCUGAUGGUUCUAGUAAAUUCAAUGAAAAUAUUUAUGAAGAACGUGAUCACAGACCACGAACAGUACUUGAUCAAUUGUAUAAUUAUAAAGGUGGUAUUGUACCUAAUGCAGCUGAAGCUGAGAAACCACCACCAGAUCAACAAAAAUCUGCAAAUCUUGGUACUAUAUUCGGUGUUUAUCUUCCUUGUGUUCAAAAUAUAUUCGGUGUUAUUGUAUUUAUUCGUCUUUUUUGGUUAAUUGGUAUUGCUGGCGCACUUCAAACACUUCUAAUUGUCGUUAUUUGUAGUUCAUGUACUCUUCUAACUGCUAUUUCCAUGGCAGCUAUAGCAACUAAUGGUAUAGUACCAGCGGGUGGAGCCUAUUUUAUGAUAUCACGUUCACUUGGACCGGAAUUUGGUGGCGCCGUAGGCAUAUUGUUUUAUCUUGGUAAUACAUUUGCUGCUUCAAUGUAUAUUGUUGGAGCUGUGGAAAUCAUUGUUAAAUAUAUGUGUCCAGAGAAAUGUCGUCUUUUUGGAGAUGAUGUUGAAAAACCAUCAGUAGCUUUUAAUCAUUAUCGUAUAUAUGGUACUAUACUUCUUCUACUCAUUGGAGGUUGUGUUUUACUUGGUAUUCGAUUUGUAACAAGAAUUGCUCCAUUAUCAUUAUUUGCGGUAUUGAUCUCUAUCGUAGCUAUCUAUGCUGGUGUUAUUAAAAGUUCAUUUAGUCCACCUGAUUUACCUAUUUGUCUUGUUGGGUCAAAUCCAAGUCAUCUAAUAAAAUCGAAUAUCUUGCACAAUGAUGUUCGUCGUUACUGUCAUGGAAAUAGAACGUGUAUGGAAGGAGAUGAACGUAUAUUAUGUCCACUUUAUUCAUUUAUAUGCAAUAAAACAACAAGUACUUUAUGCACAUCCAAUGGUACUAUAGAUAAUGUCCGAAUUGAAGCAGGCGUACCUGGAUUAAAAAAUUGGCAAUUUACAGAAAAUCUUUUUUCACAUUAUCGUCGUGAAGGUGAAAUUGAACGUGAUAUAAAAGGUGAUUCAACAUUUGAAGUUGUUGCACAAGAAAUUACAACUUUUUUAAUACUUGUUGGCAUUUAUUUUCCAUCUGUUACUGGUAUUAUGGCUGGUUCAAAUCGUAGUGGUGAUUUACGAGAUCCAAGUCGAAGUAUUCCACGUGGAACAAUUGCUGCUAUACUUACAACAUCAGCAAUAUCUUCUUGUACACAUGGUUCAUUAUUAAGAGAUAAAUUCGGUGAUAGUAUUAAUAAACAGUUAGUUGUGGCAGUUCUAGCAUGGCCAAGUAAAUGGGUUAUUAUGGUUGGAGCAUUUUGUUCAACUGUUGGAGCCGGUUUACAAACAUUAACCGGUGCACCAAGACUAUUACAAGCUGUAGCUAAAGAUGAUUUAAUUCCAAUACUUAGGCCGUUAGCCAAAUCUUAUCGAGGAGAACCAGUACCAGCACUUUUUCUUACAUUAUUCAUUUGUGAAUGUGGAAUUUUAAUUGCUGAUGUGGAUAAAUUAACAGCAUUAUUAUCCAUGUUCUUUUUAUUAUGUUAUGGAUUUGUCAAUUUAGCUUGUGCAUUACAAACCAUAUUAAAAGCACCUAGUUGGCGACCACGUUUUCGUUUUUAUCAUUGGACUCUUUCUGUAAUAGGUUUAUUUCUUUGCAUUUCAAUCAUGUUUAUUGCUUCAUGGUAUUUUGCACUUGUUGCAAUGCUUAUUGCAAUAGUCAUAUAUAAAUUUAUUGAAUAUAAAGGAGCGGAAAAAGAAUGGGGAGAUGGUAUACGUGGUUUAUCAAUGUCAGCUGCUCGUUAUGCAUUAUUUCGUGUUGAUGAAGCUGAACCACAUACAAAAAAUUGGAGACCACAAUUAUUGGCAUUUGUUAAUGCACAAAGAAACGAUGAGAAUGGAACAUAUGUAUUACAUCAUACGAGAAUAUUGAAUUUUCUUUAUCAACUUAAAGCAGGACGAGGUUUAGUUGUAACUGCAAGUAUAUUAGAAGGUGAUUAUCUUGAUACUCAUCAACAUAUCGAACCAGUUCGUGCAUUAUUAAAAGCUGGUUUGGCUCAGGCUAAGGUACAAGGUUUUGCAGAAGUAUUAGCUGCUAAAGAUGCUGAAGAUGGUAUCAGUGCAUUAAUUCAAACAGAAGGCUUAGGUGGUUUAAGACCAAAUACAAUUGUACUUUGUUGGCCAAUGAACUGGAAAAGUGAUUUGAAUAGUUAUACAGCUGAUGCAUUUAUUCGUACUAUUGCUAUUGCUGAAGCUCGUCAAUGUGCAGUAGUUGUUCCAAAAAAUAUUGACAAUUUUCCAGAUAAUAAAGAUAUUCAAGAUGGUACAAUUGAUAUUUGGUGGAUUAUACAUGAUGGUGGUCUUCUUUUUCUUAUUGCUUUUCUUUUAAAACGUAAUAAAGUAUGGUCACGUUGUCGAUUACGUUUAUUUACUGUUGCACAACUGGAAGAUAAUUCAGUUGAAAUGAAAAAAGAACUUGAACAAUAUAUGUAUCAAUUGCGUAUUGAAACUGAAGUUGAUGUUGUUGAAAUGGCAGAUCAAGAAAUAUCAGCAUAUGCACAUGAACGAACAUUAAAAUUAGCGGAACGUGUUAAAUUACUUAAAGAUUUAAAAUUAGCUGAUAAAGAAUUACAACUACAAGCAAUUGGAUUUGAACGUCGAACAAGCAAACCUCAAAUUUUUAUGGAAACAAUGACGAAUAAUAAUCAACAACAACAACGAAAAAAUAGUAAUGAAGAAACAACGAAGAAAAAUCAAUAUACAUUUACACCAAGUCAAUUGGAAACUUUGAAAAAAAAUGUAACGGAAUCAUCAAUGCGUAAAAUGCAUUCAGCUGUAAGACUUAAUCAAGCAAUACGUGAACGUUCACGUGAUGCAAAACUUGUUCUUAUUAAUCUUCCAUCACCACCAACAAAACAAUCAAGUUUAGCUGCAUAUUCUUAUAUGGAAUAUGUUGAUGUAUUAACAGAAGGUUUAGAUAGAUUAUUAUUAAUGCGUGGUAGUGGACGCGAAGUGAUUACAAUUUUUUCAUAA